ACCUCGUCCACUCCCGCCUAUCAUCCCGCCCCAUUUUCACCGCCAGGCUUGGCUCCCCCUCCUCCUCUGCAGCCGCCACCCCACCACCAUCCCUCAUCAGAAAUCAGCCUGUCUUCGCCGCUCCCGCUCCCGUUAUUCACCCACUCCUGUCCUCCACAGUUUGAUGACACGUGGCAGAGGUUGUUGGGAGACGUGGAUGACCUUGUUUAGUUGUCCUUGCUAGGCCACACUUGCCCAUCAUUAUUAUUAAUUAUUUUGUUUGGUGACAUGUUCACAUGAAUUUCUCCGUUAGCACAGAAAGAAGACAUGGGGAAAGACUCCUACGAGGAAGCCAUUGCUGCACUUCAGAAACUUCUGAUCGAGAAAGGAGACCUGGGGCCUGUGGCUGCCGCGAAGAUUGAUCAAAUUACGGCAGAGCUGAAGACAACAGAUGGCAGUGCUGCCAUCGCAUCGGAGUCGGUAGAGAGGCUGAAACAAGGCUUCAUCAAAUUCAAAAGAGAGAAAUACGAGCAAAAUCCAGCCUUGUACGGGGAACUUGCGAAAGGUCAGAGCCCCAAGUAUAUGGUGUUCGCAUGUUCAGACUCGAGGGUGUGUCCGUCGCACGUGCUGGAUUUGCAGCCAGGGGAAGCCUUUGUGGUCCGCAACAUUGCCAACAUGGUCCCUCCCUAUGACAAGACCAAAUACACCGGCGUUGGAUCUGCUCUCGAGUAUGGUGUUCUUUUCUUGAAGGUGUCUGAAAUUGUGGUAAUUGGGCACAGUGCAUGUGGAGGAAUUAAGGGUCUCAUGUCCUUCCCCUACGAUGGAAGUUCUUCCACUGAUUUCAUUGAGGACUGGGUUAAAAUUUGCUUGCCUGCCAAGAGCAAAGUCUUGGCUGAUGCCAAAGACAGCCCUUUCGGAGAUCAGUGCGCACAAUGUGAAAAGGAGGCAGUGAAUGUGUCCCUGGGAAAUCUGUUGUCGUAUCCGUUUAUUAGAGAAGGGCUGGUGAACAAGACCCUGUCGCUCAAGGGCGGUUAUUAUGAUUUUGUGAAGGGGAGUUUUGAGCUGUGGGGGCUGGAGUUUGGCCUUUCGCCGUCUCUCUCUGUAAAAGAUGUGGCCUCAAUAUUGCACUGGAAGCUCAUGUAGGGACAGAGACACAGGCCAUUCUACUGAUGCAGACUCCUCUUUUCACAAUAAUCAACACACACACAUAUAUAUAUAUAUAUAUUUGUGUAUAACCCUAGAAUCAUAUCUACUUGCUGCGCCAGAUUAAUGUUUCAGAGGCAGAGCCCAACAAUUUUACGAUGAUAAUGUGUGUGCACACUUGGCUUUA